AUGAAGACCACCCAGAUCCUCUCCGUGGCCGCUGCCAUGGCCGGCCCCAUUGCCGCGCAGGAGAUCUGCGAGCAGUACGGCACCAUCACCCAGGGCCCCUACAUCAUCAACAACAACAUGUGGGGAAUGGACUCGGGAACCGGCUCCCAGUGCACCACCCUCGACGGCGGCUCGGACGCCGGCGUCGCCUGGCACACCACCUGGACCUGGUCCGGCGGAGAGAACUCCGUCAAGACCUAUCCAAACUCGGGCCUGGUGCUCGAACCGAAGCUGGUCAGCGAUAUCACGAGUAUUCCCUCGACUGCAGAGUGGAGCUACGACAACACUGAUAUCCGCGCCGACGUCGCCUACGAUCUCUUCACUGCUGCGGAUAUCAACCAUGUCACGUACAGUGGUGACUACGAGCUGAUGAUUUGGCUCGGCCAAUACGGCGAGGUCGGCCCCAUCGGCUCAGUAAUCGACAGCGCCGAGGUCGGCGGCCAAACCUGGGACAUCUACAACGGCCCCAACGGUGACAUGAACGUGUACAGCUUUGUUGCCGCGGAGCCAGUCACGUCCUUCGACACGGACAUUAAGGAAUUCUUCACCUAUUUGACUGAGAAACAAUCCUACCCUGCGGACCAGCAAUACCUGCUCACCGUGCAAUUCGGCACUGAGCCCUUCACUGGUGGAGAGGCGACCCUUACUGUUAAGAACUGGUCUGCUAGCGUGGCUUAGAGGUUUUGAUUCUUUGAACUUUG